AUGCAUAGAUCUGGUGUGACCAUGGCUUGGAACGUGUUCAAGUUCUGCACAGCUUUGCGAGGUUUGGGGUCAGUCAUGAUCCUCCUGGUGCUUGGGGUCGUAGGUGUCACCUAUUACACUGUCGUUUUGACUAAUUAUGGCCCGGCUUUGUACAACGGUGGCCUUGACUCUCUCAUUGCUCUUGUCGUAUUGAUCUUGUUCCAUUGCUUGUUGGUGAUGCUCUUAUGGAGCUACUUUUCUGUUGUUUUGACGGAUCCCGGUUGUGUGCCACCUAACUGGAGGCCUGCUGUUGAUGAAGAGAGAGGGGAGGCUGACCCCUUGACUGGGUCGGAUUUUAGUGGUUUGCAGACUGACCCAUCUAAUCAAAGAAUCCGGUGGGCGGUGUGUACUGAAAAUGGAUCACCAUUGUGUAUGGGUUGUAAAUUGUGUUGGGGCCUUAAAUUACAAGUAUUUUCUACUAUUCUUGGGGAGUUGAUUGCUGUUAAAUAUCUUGAAGGAGAAAUACCUGGAACACCUAGCACCCUUGCAACUACCUUUCUUGCUUUUGUGUUAAAUCUUGCGUUUGCAUUAAGUGUUUUGGGGUUUCUGAUCAUGCAUAUAUCGUUAGUGGCUGCAAAUACCACAACCAUUGAGGCAUAUGAGAAGAAAACCUCUCCUAAAUGGCGCUAUGACCUUGGUCGAAAAAAGAAUUUUGAACAGGUUUUUGGUAUGGACAAACGAUACUGGUUCAUCCCUGCUUAUUCCGAAGAAGAUUUGCGACGCAUACCAGCGCUGCAGGGUCUUGAGUAUCCGUCGAGGCCUGAGUUUAACUCCCAAGAGUUCUGA